AUGACCAACAAGUCGCCUGUGCCCCCCAAAGCCCCCUCGACGGAUACCAUAAUACGUCAAAUCGUCAAUCAUCAAGGAGAUGAGCGUUUUUUUGAAUACAGUGGCGUAGAAGAGCAUACGGCACUCAUCAUCUACAACGCUCUUCAAAAGUGCAACGAAGGCCGCCCCUACCGAUGCGGGUGGAAUUCCCUGCUGAAAGUGUUUUCUGUGGUAGCAAUGGUGACAGAAAUCCACGAAUUCCCCGGAAGUUGGAUGACCAGCACGCUUGUCGACAUGGGCAUUGCUGGAUUUCUGACCCGACAAGAAGCUACCCGCGAUCUCCUCUUCCUUCACUCCCCAAAGUCUUCAACCUUCACUGGGCAAUACCAAGCAUCACACAAAGAGCCCGACUAUACAAUCAAGCCCCUGCAUGCCAUUCUACCAACCGUCGUAUUCGAGACCGGUUGGAGCGAGUCUGCAGCAAGGCUCAGAGAGGAUAUGCGUCUUUGGCUGGUGGGUGGACGACCGGCCGUACAGCUGGUCUUUCUUAUCAAGUUCAAGCGGAGCAGUAAUGGACGGGUCGGCUGCUUCAUCGAGCAGUUUGAGCUCGACUCAAACGGCGAUAUCAGAUUAAUCCAGGCAGAGACCGUGUUCCCAGCCCCAGCCAACGCUGCCCAGCAAACAAUGGCCAUUACAAAACGCCAGAUUUGGGGUGCGCACCUGCCGGCAGGUCAAAACCCAGAUGCUAGUUUCGACAUGUCAGUUGAUAUUUUCCGCGACUCCGCGAGGUCCUAUACUACCCUCUAUUACCUGAAAACCAUGAAGAAUUGCUCCGCAGUAAAUCCUAUCGCUCAAUACAACACAGAAAUAACAAUGACGGGGAACGUGGAUAUUCGCGCAACUUUGGCGCCGAAAUUAUCUUCAGAUGCGAAUAUCUUCCUUGCCGGCGAUACAGAAUUCCCGAAUGCCACGGCUCGCUGGUCUCAGUACAAAUCUCCGGGCUUCACCGCUGUUGUCGAGGUCGCUACGGAGGGAGAUGUUGUCGAAACAGUUAUUUCUUUAACCUUUGUCCAUGAGAAAGUUUUAACACAAAGUAAUGGUAUUCAAAUCAAAUCAAAGCGUUUGGACUCGGUAAAUAUCUCAGAUGAGGGAGAUAUUGCUACAUGUGGAGGAGGUAUUAUAGGGAAAACACUCGUAGACGCUGUGGAAAGCCGGGAAGCAAACUGCAUGAUAGUUGCUGGAAGGUGCGAAAUCACGAGCCUGCUUGGGCCUGGCUUGGGUGGUGGGCAUGGUUUCCUGCAGGGUAAAGAUGGACUUAUCUCCGAUCAAUUUGUUUCAGCUAGAAUAGUCCUUGCUGAUGGUAGUAUUAAAGGUAUAUCUGCUGAUUCUGGGGACCCUGACCUUGGGUGGGUAAUACAAGGGGCGGGCCACAAUUUUGGCCUUGUCACAUCUAUCUCAGUGAAGAUUUACGACAUCGAAGAAGGUGAUGUUUGGUCACAUCGAUCCUAUACCUUUGCUCUCGACAAGGCCGAGCCUCUCUACGAACUUGUUAACAAGCUUUGGCCAGACGGCACUACCCCAAGCCACUUGACCAACUUCUCAUUCCGGAUGCUGAAAUGUCCCGUCGUGGAGCCAUCCUAUUCUCAGCAAUUUGACGACAUCGGCCCCACCUCAAUCCAGUCCGGUUCGGGACCUUUCAACGAGCUAUCAAAGAUGACCGGGUUAGACGAAAGCGCUCCUGCUAGUAAAAAAAUUGGAUUAAGCUACAUCCGAUUCCCCGUUAAUGUCCGAAACUACAACAUCAAGGCCCAACGGGAGGCAUUCGACAUCUUUACAAGCGUGACCAAGGAAAACCCCGAAUUCGCUCAUUUUUUCUUUAUGUCCGAGGGGUAA